UGGGGUGCCGUCUGCCUGACUGUCCCCUGCCCCCAGGGCAUCUUGUUGAAGCGGAGCGGUAAGUCUCUGAACAAGGAGUGGAAGAAGAAGUACGUGACCCUGUGUGACAACGGGCUGCUCACCUACCACCCUAGCCUGCACGACUACAUGCAGAAUGUCCACGGCAAGGAGAUCGACCUUCUGCGGACCACCGUGAAGGUGCCCGGGAAGAGGAUGCCCCGGGCCACACCUGUCACCGCCCCUGGCACCAGCCCCCGGGCCAGCGGGCCUGAACGGAGCGGCUCACAGCCGGGCGGGGGCACAGGUGCCCCCCACUCCUCCAGCAGCCCUGCCUGGGCCGGCCCGCGCCCUGAGGGUCUGCACCAGCGUUCCUGCUCUGUGUCCAGCGCCGACCAGUGGAGUGAGGCCGCUGCGCUGCCCCCAGCCAGUGGCCCCGCUGAGGUGCUCAGUUCCAGCCCCAAGCUGGAGCCCCCCCCAUCUCCCCACUCCAACCGGAAGAAGCACUGGAGGAAAAAAAGCAGCGGGACCCCCAGACCAGAUGGCCCCAGCAGUGCUACUGAAGAGGCUGAGGAGUCCUUCGAGUUCGUGGUGGUCUCCCUCACCGGGCAGACGUGGCACUUCGAGGCGUCCACGGCAGAGGAGCGGGAGCUGUGGGUGCAGAGUGUACAGGCCCAGAUCCUCGCCAGCCUGCAGGGCUGCCGCAGCACCAAAGACAAGAACCGACUGGGGAACCAGAACGCAGCUCUGGCCGUGCAGGCCGUGCGCACUGUCCGUGGAAACAGCUUUUGCAUUGACUGCGACGCCCCCAACCCCGACUGGGCCAGCCUGAACCUGGGGGCCCUCAUGUGCAUCGAGUGCUCGGGGACCCACCGCCACCUGGGUGCCCACCUUUCCCGUGUGCGCUCCCUGGACCUGGACAACUGGCCGCCGGAGCUGCUGGCCGUCAUGACCGCCAUGGGCAAUGCCCUGGCCAACAGCGUGUGGGAGGGCGCCGUGGACGGCUACACCAAACCGGGGCCAGACGCCUGCAGGGAGGAGAAGGAGCGCUGGAUCCGGGCCAAGUAUGAGCAGAAACGCUUCCUUGCGCCGCUGCCCGGCUCGGACGUGCCGCUGGGCCAACAGCUGCUGCGGGCAGUGGUGGAGGACGACCUGCGGCUGCUGGUGACACUGCUGGCGCACGGCUCCAAGGAGGAGGUGAACGAGACCUACGGCGAUGGCGACGGCCGCACGGCCCUGCACCUGUCCAGCGCCAUGGCCAACGUGGUCUUCACGCAGCUGCUCAUCUGGUACGGCGUGGACGUGAGGAGCCGGGACGCGCGGGGCCUCACGCCCCUGGCCUACGCCCGCCGCGCCGGCAGCCAGGAGUGCGCUGACAUCCUGCUCCAGCACGGCUGCCCCGGGGAGGGUGGCCUGGCACCCACGCCUGCCAACGGCAGUGGCUCCUCUGGCGAGCUGCAUCGCAGUCCCAGCCUCCUCUGAGACCUGGGGGGGGGGGACAGGAGCACCCCGGGGCCUGGGGAGCACCAGCGAGGGGAGGAACUAGGAGGAUCCUGCCACGGUACCCCUGCCUGGGCGCCGCCACGGGGGACAGGAACCCCGGAGGUGCCCGGAGAGAGGGGAGCGGGACCUCUCCUUCCUGCAUACUCCUUCCUCCUAGCAACAGCCUCCCCCCCCCCCCCCCCCGCCGCCCACAUGCAGGUGGACCGGCAUGGAGGGGGGAUGCUAGAUGGAAGAGGGGAGCUGGGAGCCCCGUGUAAAUUUGUACAUUGGAAUAUUUAUGUUUGUGUGCAGAUUUGGUGUGUGUGUGUGUGUGUUGAGCCAAUAAACCAGAUGUGUGUGGCCCCUU